AUGGCUACUCAGCAGACGCAGCAGACGCAGCAGACGCAGCAGACGCAGCAGACGCAACAGCAACAUCCGCCGCCGCAAGCAGCAGCACAAGCCAAUGCAGUGCCCACUGCUGCCAGGACGAGCUCAUACACUGCGCUGCCUCCGCCUGCACCCUAUACACCGCUGCGCUAUGCCAGCAACCGCAAGUCCAUCUACGACCGCAACUUGAACCGCGCGAAGACGUCUGAGUUGAGCCUGGCCUCUUUCGCCCAUCUCUUCAACACCUUGAUUGCAUACCAUCAAGCUCGCGCGCCCUCGGUGUCCGACCUUGAGGCCAGGUUGGCUCAAUCGGCAUAUCCCAUCGGCGUCAAGCUACUCGACCUCCUCCUCUUCCGCAUGCCAGCACGUACAGCUUCUCGACCAACCCGACUACUCGAUCUCCUGCAAUUCAUACACACGACCUUAUGGCGAUCCCUGUUCGGCCGGCCUGCCGACGCCCUAGAGGCCAGCACCGGUAACAACAACGACUACAUGAUUGUUGACAACGACCCGCUUGUCAACACCUAUAUCAGCAUCCCAAAGGAGAUGAGCCAGCUCAAUUGCGCAGCUUUCGUCGGUGGUAUCAUCGAGGGUGUCUGUGAUGCUGCAGGCUUCUCGACAGAUGGCGUUACAGCACAUUGGGCAGAGAACGACGAGCUUUGGCCGUCAAAAACCAUCUUCCUCAUCAAAUUUAAACCCGAAGUGGUCGAGAGAGAAGAAGCACUCAAGGCUGGAGGGGGUUGA